UACUUUUUAUCAAUGAAAAUUAAAUUAGGUUCAAAAUAUAUUGCAUUUGUCAAAUUAAAUUUGAAAAAUGAGAUAAUUUUAUUCAAGGAUUGUCAUCGAACCCAUACCAAUCUCUAGUCAAAGUAAAACGUACCAAUCGAGUAGAAAGAAGACGAAAGAAGAGGACACAAUGGAGGAAGAGGGGGAAGAAGGAAGAAAAGAAAGCUGAUGGAAGAGGAGAACGAAGAGGGAGAAAGAAAACGAGGGGCAUGAGAAGGAGUGUACUAGGGAGAUAGACAACGACGAAUAAUAGUAACGACAAUAGUAAUAUCAAUUCCACAUAACCCACGAGAAUAGGGAUCAUGUUUGUGAGCCGCCCUAAUUGUUGUUUUAUUUUUUUUAUACUAAAUUGGAUUGGACUGUUUGAAACGAGGGCAGUCCAUGUGUCAAUAUAAACCUGGACCGGUAUGUAUCACCUAUUUUAUACCGUAACAAAAGGUACAGUAGUCCUUGGUUUUAUUCACCUAGGGUUGAAAAAAUAUAAAACUCAACAGUGUACAAUGAGAUGACUUGAUCAGAUCAAGACAAUAACCCUACUUCCUUUGGACUAUUUUUGUCUCAUUAUGGAUAUAAAUGAUGAUAUGUUGUGAAAGUUAUGUAAGAUCUAGUUACACAAGAUAUAGUUAGCAUGCACCAUCCAUAACAAAUGUGAUACAGUUAGGUGAAUGAUAGGCACAAGCAUAUUUGGCAUAACAUAUUAGAUAUGAUUUAAUGUUUGUUUGGUUGUUUAAGAGAUGAGAUGGCUAUGGUACAUUCAACAAUAACAACGACAAAGCAGGUCCAAAUUAUUUGGAGUCAACUAUAUGAAUCUUUUGAUGGAUCUUUUGCCGUCAUUUAGAGGUUAUGAAACCUCGAGUGUUAAAUGAUAAUAAAAAAUAAAAAUAUAUAUAUUAGGAGAGAGAAACAAGAAAAAUUGAUAGAUAAUAAACAUGUAAUUGUUUGUACCUAAAGUAUGUCUUGAGGGCCUAUCUUGAGGACACAUCAUUUUGUUGGUCAUGACUAGGUAGCUAACAAUUAACUAUCCUUAUUUAUAAAUAUGUUUAGUCCCACAUCAGUAACCAAAGCUUAUAAGAGCAAAAGUUACCUCCUCUGAGGGCUUUUGGAAUCCACCCCCCAGUGGAUAAUCAUGCAGGACCCAAAGCAAAAAUUUUAUUGCAGGCUCACAUCAAGAGGAAAGGUUAAUUGAUCAUUCUCAGAGUGAUCAAUGUUUGCAGAAUUUGCUUUCUUGAAGAGCAAAAAGAAGAUGAGGCUUGCUUUUAUCAUGACAAAAUGGUUGUCCUCUCUCAGCCCCUUACAGUAUCAAUUUAGUUAGUUGGCAAAGAUUUUGACAGUCUACCGUAAGGUCCUGGGUUCAUUGUGGCUCACAAGAUCCUACUCACCUGGACUCACCAUUUACCCUUUGUAUUAAAAAAAAAAAAAUCUAUAUAGACACUCACUGAGGCCCAAUUCUAUCUGUCCAUAUUGAUGAAUACUAAUGAUGGUUGAAUAGUAGGAAAAAUAAGACCUUAUAUGAAUCAAAUACCUCUACACUUAGAGGCCCACCAGAGGGGACAAUAUCACGCCCUAAGAUUCAAGACAAAUGAUAACUUAUCACUUAUUAACUAAACCUUUCAAGAAUCGAUGUUAUUUGUUACUAACACUACAUGAGAAAUGUAACUCAUAAAGGUAAAGGAAAUACAAGAUUUAUCAAAGAUGUUUUUUGGUCUAGGGUUACCUAUUAACUGAUCUACCAGCAAUAGAAACUAUUAACUGAUCUAGGGCAACCUAUAACCUAAGAAGAAUAUCAGCAUACUUAUCUGAUUAAACCUCUUAGUAAAGACCCAAACUGAUUGUAUCAAUAAUUGUUUGUUGGCUAUUAUCCAAAUAUAUUAUACCUGAUCUGCAAGUUGUACUUGCACCUUCUAGCAGUUGAAAUAUGACUUAAAUGUAUGGAAUUAUCAUUGAGCUCAUAUUUGUGAAAUUAUUCAAAUUCAUAGGACACAUACUAUAUCAUGGAGAUGGUAUAUUAUAAAAUUCAUGCUAUAUCAAAAGUAAUCUCCCUACUCAAAAAGUAUAUGAAGAUUUACAUGGAGAUGGUAUGAACAUAUAUAUGGAAAAAAAAAAACAUUAUGUGAAAUGUUAUAAGCAAAGUAAGUUGAGAGAUAACAAUAAAAGGAUAAGUUUGUCAAUAGAAAACAAGGCUAAGAUUUUCUCUCUUUGCAAUUGAAUAAAUGUGUCAUAAACUGAUAUUCAUCAGAAACCAUCUUUACUUACUAGAUGAUGACCAGAUUUUGAUCAAGCAGAAAUUAUUUUGUUCAAUAGCAGCUUAUCAUGCAAACCAUACUAUUUUUUAAGGCACAUGGAGCUAUCUAUUCCAUGAUAAAUUGUUGCUUGUAGUUUCCAUAUGUUGAAUUGCAGAUGCAUCAUUUUCUUCAAUCCAGCCUGGAGAAGACAGUGGAUCAUUACCAGAAAUUUAUGAAAGCAGAAAAAUAUUUUGAUAAGCACAAUGAAAAGGAGCAGUUUCCAUAUGUUGAAUUGCAGAUGUAUCAUUUACUUCAAUCCAGCCUGGAGAAGACAGUGGAUCAUUACCAGAAAUUUAUGAAAGCAGAAAAAUAUUUUGAUAAGCACAAUGAAAAGGAGCAGAAUCACGAAAAAGGAUUUGCUUGUUCAGAAGGCAAUUUCAAACUACUGGAGAUUGCUGAAAGGUUUAUCGAAACAGAUUUUGCCAAGCUGAAUAUCGAUGGUCUCGAACAAUUGGAGAAUGAUUUAAAUGAUGCAUUCAAAUGGACGACCUCAAGAAAGAGAUCAUUUUCACAUUCAGCCCAUUAGAACCAAUCUUCUCAAACAUGAUCAUACAAGCAUUACAAGAAACCUGCAAGCGGAAAGAAGAGUCUCUCCUAGGACAUUAAUGUGGCAUUUCCUCAUCUAAUUGUAAGUGCAUUAGCAUGAACCAGGAGGAAUCACUACUUGAGAGAAGAUUCUUGCAAUCUGUAGGUAGAACACUCGAGUUGUCGAUCAUGUCACUGUGCCCUGUCAUUCUUGUACAGGCAACAAUGAUGGUGCAGAGGAGGAUCGGAGAGAACCGAGGCUGAGGGGGGCGACGACGACGACAGGAGCGCGGCGGCCGAUGCAGCGGGAUCAUCACGAGGGAACCGGGGAGGCCACCGCCCUGUAUGGAGGCCGCCACCUUAGCGGCCGUCGAAGCUGACAUUGGGCACCGGCACGUAGUAGAAACCCGUUGGGCUGUCGCGUUCUUCUCCAUUUGUGUAAGCGGUGUGCAGUGCGGCGGUUUAUACCGACUUUUGUGCUUCUGGAAAGAUUGGGAAUCCUGCCACGUAUGUCUGUCAGAGAUGGUCUGGCACCUUCGGGAAGUUUUUACGAACCAAAUGGGCACGUGACAGUCGCGUGAGAAGAGGUUGAGCUGUCAUUUUAACGAACUUGCCAUCGUCUUGCGAGCGAAUGCAACGAAAACACUACGGUCCUUA